AUGUGGAGAAUGUUAUCAAAAUGCACGUUCAGAAGCGGCUCUCGUCAUAUAUUGCAGCUAGGCAGCAAACGUGCGACAUUCCCACUAUCAUGGCGACUGYACAAACACAUAACAUAUUCACCACAAUGGCCCAUGAAAGUACGGCCGUACACAUCUCUACCCAAGACGACAACAACAAAGCUUCCACCCAUUUCCAGUUGUGCUCUGGAGGAGGAGAGCCUCCCAAGCUACCGUGCCGAAGAAUUCUUUCCCGUACAUCUGGGUGAUACGAUCAAGUCGCGUUAUCACGUCAUCGGCAAACUGGGCUACGGUGCGAAUUCGACCGUGUGGUUCUGUCGAGACAUUCAGAAUGACCAGUACGUUAUUGUGAAAGUUUACCUCCGAACUCCCCCUGGACGUGUCAACCGCGAGAAAGCGGCAUACGAACACCUAGCGAAUCUGAGCACGACACAUCCAGGGCAUUACAAUGUUCGACAAGCGCUUGACAUCUUUGAUCUUUCGCGCCCUGAAGGCGCAGUACAUGUGUGCGUUGUCCAUGCUCCGCUCCAAUGUACGCUCUACGACUUUCAAAGACUUCAUGGUGUUCCUCAAGUAUUGCCUGAAGAACUUGCGAAGAUGGUAAUGAGUAAUCUACUCGAAACUCUCGACUUUCUCCACACCGAAGCGAACCUAACACAUUGUGACUUGAAGCUUUCCAACAUCAUGCUUCGCGUAGAAGAUGAGAGUAUCUUUGCUGAUUACGAGAAAGCAGAAACCCAUAGUCCAAGCGAUCGAAAGUCCAUUAAUGGAGAAAGAACUAUCUAUGCUUCUCGUGCUUUCCGACGUCCUCGGGCGAAUGCAUACGGCCAACCUGUCCUAUGCGAUUUCGGUGAAGCUCGCAUUGGCGUUCCGCAGGCUUAUAUCGAAAUUCAACCGGAAAUAUAUAAAGCGCCUGAGAUUUUGAUGCAAUUUGAAUGGGGCCAUUCAGUCGACAUCUGGAACGCUGCUUGUCUACUAUGGGAGAUGCUCGAGACCGAACAUCUAUUUGAUGGUUCAGACAGCGAAGGAUUACACAACAAUCGCUACCAUAUGAAUGAGAUUGUGGGAUUACUCGGCGAACCACCCCAGACAUUUCUGCGUAGAAGUCCACAYGCAAGUCGCCUUUUUGAUGAGACUGGAAAAUGGAAUGUAGACCCUCCUAUUACCUCCUUGUCGUUGGAACUCCGGUCAAAACGCCUGGAAGCGGAUGGUAAAGCAAAGGUUGUUGAUUUUCUACAAUGUAUGCUUCGUUGGAUACCCGAGGAAAGGUUAAGCGCGAAAGAACUUCUCCAGCACCCCUGGCUAUCAGAAGACAGCGGCUGA